CAUUCCUAUCAGACUCACCAACUAUAUCAAUGAACAAUCCUACUAACCACAUCACGACAUCGUAACAACAUUCUGCAACCUCCCAAACGCCCAAGAUUAUCGCCGGAACAGCGUGCUGUCACACCGGCCACCCAUCCGACCCCUCCACUAAAGUUCUCAUGGCUGAAGCAACAGCCCCAAAGCCCAGCAGCAGUGUAAAGCUGGUACUUCUAGGUGAGGCAGCCGUCGGCAAGUCCUCGCUCGUCCUACGAUUUGUGAACAACGAUUUCCAGGAGAACAAGGAACCAACGAUUGGAGCUGCUUUCCUUACGCAGAAAUGUAAUCUUCCUACCCGGACUAUCAAAUUUGAAAUAUGGGAUACAGCGGGACAGGAACGCUUCGCAUCUCUCGCUCCCAUGUACUACCGAAACGCUCAGUCAGCAUUGGUUGUCUACGAUCUCACCAAGCCCACAUCUCUCAUCAAAGCUAAACACUGGGUUGCAGAACUCCAGAGACAAGCCUCUCCCGGGAUUGUUAUUGCUCUUGUUGGAAACAAGCUGGACUUGACCAACGAGACCAGCAGUUCUUCCAACUUGUCAGAAGAUGGAGAUGGAGAUGCAGCAGAUGUCGAGGAUGCUGAAGGUGAUGCAAGGAAGGUCUCGGUGUCUGAAGCCAAGUCAUAUGCAAAGGAAGAGGGCUUACUGUUCUUUGAGACAAGCGCAAAACUAGGCACUAACGUGACGGAGGUGUUCACGGCUAUUGCCAAUGCUAUCCCUGAAACUUCAUUAAAGGGAGCUAGAGGACCUGGGGCUUCGCAUGCUAGCACAGGCAGGACUGAGGAUCAGUCGAGAGUGAAUUUGGCCGGGCCAAGAGACGCUGCAUCUAAGGAGGGCUGUGCUUGUUAACAUGUUUGGUGCUGGUGGAUGUGCUACGAGGAGGUCGGUUUCCUUGUGAUCUAUUGUUUAUUGGACUUUUGCAGUCGCUGCAAUAUUUGAAUGAUUGCGAGCCUCCCACUAACUGAAUGUCGAUACAAUGAUACAAUGAAAGGAGAAGAAUAAGAUGCUUAAGUCUGUGCUUAUUUUGAGGAGGUAAAGCAAAGUACCACAUCUCUGUGUCUUGUUCGCUUCCAAUAUUAAUCGUAGCAAAAUAUUCUGGAGACUGACUCUCGUGAUGACUAUUUUAAGCCAAAAAUUCAUGGUAUCAGGACAAAGAUAAAUGAGGCGAAUGUAUGAGACCCUGGUUGAGACUGAUGUCUCUCGUUCUCUGUCAGUAUUUACACUAGGAGUCGUUACAUGGUGUUGAAAAAAUUAGGGAAGAGUGUAUGAGUGCAUGGCCGCAUUUCAGACCUUACAGUAUCUUAGUGGUGAAUAGCAAAA